UUUAUGGAAACAAAGUUGCUUCUUCGUUUCACUUCUGAAUCUUCCAUGGCACCUUCCCUCUUCCAACUUGGUCUUUCCUCCAGCUUUCCUUCUUCCCAAAAUUAUUAAUCAUUUUCAUGUUUUGCGUUUUUGUUCCUUCACUGGCAAACAGAAGUAUCAGAUGCACAAAUUUGAUCAAGCAAGUACCAUAAGCCAGGAUUAAAAGCUGGAAAAACCCAUGUAUCCAGAUAUCAUUUCAAGAAACGGGCCUAUUUCUAUCCAAAAUCAGUGUCUCAUUUUCUUGAGAUGGGUUGAGCAAUAAAACAUUUCAUGGAGUUAGUUGAACAAGCAGGGACUGUUUUUGAAGUUGCAAAUACUAUACGGGGUUUAAUUGAAAACCACUGGGAAUUCCCUAAAGGCAUUGAUCAGAAUGUAAAUAAUCUGAAGAGAAAGAGAGAUCAACUAAAUGGUCAGAAAGAAGACAUUGAAUCAAGAAUCAAAUCAGAGCUGCGCCCGAGAAAGAAAGUCAAGAAAGAAGUUGAUCUGUGGAUUGAAAAUGUCAAAAGGAUAAAUGGGGAAAUUCCUAAUCUCGAAUCUAAAGUUAGAGGUAGCAGCUUUUUCUCUCGUGGAUUUCUUGUUAAGAAUGUUCGUAAGAAGGAAGAAGAAGUUGAAGAAUUGCUUGAAAAGGGUAGAUUUUCUGAUGAUUUGGUUGUCAACGAUCUUUCGUGGAUUGGUCAGGUGUUGCCAACACCGAGCUUAGUCGUUGAAACAGUAAAACGUAAAAAGAAUGAGAUUAUGCAACACUUCAGGAAUGAUGAGGUUCAAAAGAUUGGAGUUUAUGGAAUGCCAGGAGUUGGGAAAACAAGUGCCGUCACGCUUGUCAACAAUGAACUCUUAAAAGGUGAAAUCGAGUUCAAGAUCAUAGUAUGGGUCACUGUAGGGAGGAAAUGUAGUGUUAUUGAACUGCAGAAUAAGAUUGCAAAGGCAAUGAAUGUCAGUAUUUCCGAAGAUGAAGACGAGACUUUAAGAGCAGGGAUGUUGUCUGAAAUUUUGAGUGAAAAGGGUAGAUUUGUUUUAAUAUUGGAUGAUGUAUGGGAGAGAUUUUCCUUUGAAAAAGUUGGAAUUCCUGAGUCUUCUAAGGGUAAAUUAGUGUUGACAUCUCGUUCAUUGGAUGUAUGUCGACGAAUGGAUUGUCAAGUCGUAAAAAUGGAGCCACUUUCGAAUGAAGAUGCAUGGACAUUGUUCUCGGACAAGGUUGGUCAAAACCUAAUGACUUCUGCAGAUUUACUACCGAUUGCAAAAUCUAUCGUUGAGCGUUGUGCUGGUUUACCGUUGGUGAUAGUUAUAGUUGCCAGUAGCAUGAGAGGUGAAGACAACCUUCCAAUAUGGAGGAAUGCGCUUGCAGAAUUGAACCGAAAGAUAUCUGAGUACUAUCGAUGUUAAAGACAAGGUGUACCAACAAUUGAGACUCAGCUACGAUCGAUUGAAAGAUCGAAGCAUCCAAAAUUGUUUCCUUGCUUGUGCAUCGUAUCGUCAAGACUUGGGAAUUCUGAAGCAACAGUUGAUAAGAGAUUGGGUUGGAAAGGGAUUAAUAGAGGAAAUGGGUAGCUUGGAAGCAAAGAUGGACAAGGGAGAAGCUAUACUAAGAACACUAGUAGAGAAUUGGUUGUUAGAAAAUGUAGGAAAUGAAAGAGUAAGAAUGCAUGAUCUUGUAACAGAUAUGGCUAAACUUAUCACUCAAGACUUGUAUUAACAUUGCAACUCUCUAACACUUUUAUUUUAGAUGAAUUAAAAUGGUACAGUCAGUUCACAAUUCA